AGAUUGACACAUUCAGAGAGAGCGAGAGCGACUGAGAGUGCGAGACACACACGCCGGCGUGACUCCGCCCCCUUUGUCUUUAUUCAGUGUUCCUCAAUCUAAAGGAAGACAGAGAGAAAGAAUCACAGAUCAGGACACCAGGAGGAGAGACGGGCCGAACACACCUCACCAUGGCCACAGCAGACCCGAGACCGCAGCACAUCCUUCCGUCCGAUCCCCGCGCUCCCAGCCUCAUAUCAUGGAUCACCGGCACCAGAACCGAGCUGACUGACACCACGGCGGAUCCGAGGCCAGAAUGAGGGUGAUUUACGUCCAGAACGCCGGCGUGGUCGCUGCUUUCUCGACUGAGAUUUUCUGCGGUAGAUUGAUACAAAGGAAUAACGGAGAAAUCAUGAUCGAACGCGCCACGGGAAAGAGAACACGUCAUAACGGAGUAGGAUACGUCAUAAUGUUAUAGAACGAGUCAUAAUAGAUUAAUGCACAAUAGAUACAUUGUCGUUCUAAUUGUGAAUGAUACAUUGUUGCAGUUUAUAAGUGCCAUAAAACCACAUGUCAGGUGUUUAUUCGUUUCUUUGUAAUAAUAUGCCUUUUUAGUCCGUUCAUAGCCCUGUUUUAUCGUUCAUAAUUAGACUGGGAUUAUUAUUUUCUUUUAGAUAGCCUACCAUAUCCAGUUAAAGGUAGAAUAAAUAGACACCUCAUUUAAAUAUAUGAGUCAUUUUUGACAAUCAUAAAUUAGUUUAUAUGCUAACAUAAUAAACAUUUGCAUUGUCAUUUAUUUAUUUAUUUAUUUAUAUGCUAAUUAGCUAUAUUGAUUAGAUUGAUAUUAUCAAUAUUUCAAAGCAUUUAGUCAAGAUAUUUAAACGUAAAGGGAGGUGUAAAAUAUCAUCCUCCCGUGUGAUGGAGACACAAAGGCCAGGUGAUCCGCCGGGCCCCUCAGUGGUGAUGGAGGCCCCUGAGGGCCCCUGUGAGGUCAAACGCAGCAGCUCUGGUGUGAAGAAACAUCAUCACAAACACAACCUAAAGCAUCGCUACGAGCUGCUGGAGACCCUGGGGAGAGGAACCUAUGGCAAAGUGAAGAAGGCCAUCGAGCGCCAUUCUGGAAGAGAGGUUGCCAUCAAGUCUAUCAGGAAGGAGAAGAUUAAAGAUGAACAGGACAUGGUUCACAUUCGACGAGAAAUCGAGAUCAUGUCGUCUCUUCGCCACCCACAUAUCAUCUCUAUAUAUGAAGGAGCCGGCGGCAGCGCCAAACGCUUGGGUGGGAAUGGUGUUGUUCACCGGGACCUGAAACUGGAAAAUGUGCUACUGGAUGAAAACUGUAACAUAAAAAUUGCUGAUUUUGGGUUGUCCAACCUGUAUCAUAAAGACAAGCUCCUCCAGACCUUUUGUGGUAGUCCACUGUACGCAUCCCCAGAGAUCGUCAACGGCAGACCAUACCGUGGUCCAGAGGUGGACAGCUGGGCUCUGGGGGUGUUGCUGUAUACGCUGGUCUAUGGCAGCAUGCCAUUCGAUGGAGGGGACCACAAAAAUCUAAUUUGGCAAAUCAGCAAUGGAGAGUAUCGAGAACCAUCCCAAUCAUCAGAUGCUCGUGGUCUUAUCCGCUGGAUGCUGAUGGUCAACCCUGACCGACGGGCCACAGUGGAAGACAUCGCCAAUCACUGGUGGGUAAACUGGGGAUGGAAAACCAGUGUGUGUGACUGUGAAUCGCAAAGGGAUGCUGGCUCACCCAUGCUGGCUCGUCUAAUUGACUGGCAGAACCGGACCGAGCCUCGACCCACUAAAGCCAUCCGGUCUGACCCAUUCCUGCUUGUCCAUCAACGGCCCAAAAAGUCUAAGAAAGAGAAUGAUGAUGGUGUGUCUCACUGUAAUGGAGACGACAGUCUGGGCUUAAAGAGACCAAAGGGCAUUCUGAAGACAAGAUCCUCUGAAGAGCAACACUCUCCAAGUUCGGAAGAAAUAGAAUCCAGUGUGGGAACCCCAGAGAAAGAAUCUGGGCCUGAAGGUGAAGAGGGCGAGGAGGAGCAGGGGCUAACAGGCAACUCUCCUACCAAAGCGGUCUCUAUCCUUCCAAAGAAGGGAAUCCUAAAAAACAACCAACAACGGGAAUCAGGGUACUAUUCUUCCCCAGAGCGCAGUGAGUCCUCUGAUCUGCUAGGUGGCUACAUUACACCGCUUGCUGCCAGCUCACCACCAAAGCGAGCAGUUGGUAGGAAGGGCAUCUUGAAGCGCAACGGGAAGUAUUCGACAUACAGUGGCGCUCCUCCGUUGAGUGUCCUUGGGGAACCAGCACCUGGUGAUUCUGGUUUAUCCCGCAGUCAGAGUCGCCCAUCUAGUAUUGUAAGGGAGGAUAGCGACACCAUCACCAACAGUUCCUUCAGCAGCACUGACUGGCCCCCACCUGUUGCCCGCCCCAACAUCAGAGGCUGCGUGUCUGCAGAAAACCUUCUCCAGCUGGCCAACUUUAAAGGUCUCCAGGCAGCUCCUCCCCUACACAGUGGGAAAUUCAGCCGAGGAACGCAGGGCUCUCCGGGGGAUAACAGCAGCUUCUCUCUACUAGGAGAUCUUGAUGAUAUGACUCAGGUGUACCAACAAGCCCUGGACAUCAGCAACAACCUGUCAUAGCGAUAGGGUUUAGUUGAGAGCGAUAGGGGCUAGUUGAGAAGGGCCUAGAAAGAAAGAAGGUGGAGCAAGUGGAAGAUGUUUGUUUGGCAUGUUGUUGACGACCAGUGCAAAACUGGGAUUUUAUGAAUGUGAGUCCUUUUUUAAUGGGAUGGUAUUGGAAGUUGUACACAACCAAACCUUAACCUUAACUCCUAACCCUUAACCCUAAUCCUACCCUAUCCUACUUGACCUUUACCCAACCCCUAUCUUAUACACAGUUAAAAUGUUAAAACCUAGGGGGAUUUAAAGGUUUGAAGUAAGUAAAAUUUAAGUUGGUACUCUGGGACAUUAUCCCCCUACAGGCAAGAAAUGAUAUUAAAUGUUUACAUAUUGUUAAGUAUAAGGUGAGUUAUCAUCACAGUAUGGCGUCAUGUAACAGCAGCCUUGAUGAAACAAAAAUAAGAGCCAACCUGAGUUUAUCAAGCACCUUAAAACUCUAACAGAGCACAUGUCAUUUGUGAUUUUUACUCCCCAAAAAAAGAAACCAGGGUCUUGCUCCAAACGAACUGUUGUUGGGUAUUAUUUAUAUAUAUAUAUAUAUAUAU